AUGGAUUCUGCUCAUUUGCGCCGCAAGGAUACCACAAAGGGUCCUCCACUGAGGAUUCUCUCGCUCGAUGGCGGUGGUGUACGUGGCUACUCCAUGCUUAUUCUCCUCCAGGAACUCAUGUACCGCACCUAUGUCGAAUGCGAAGGCAAGCCACCCCGUCGCGACCAAAUUCCCAAGCCAUGUGAUCAUUUCGACUUGAUCGCGGGUACCGGCACCGGCGGUCUCAUCGCCCUGAUGCUCGGUCGUCUCCGCCUCGACCUCGAGACCUGCAAAGAGGUCUACGUGCGCAUGACGCGCAAGGUAUUUGAGACUGAUAAAACUAUCGCUGGUAUUCCAUACCGCUCGACGCUGUUCAAGGCUUCCAAGCUCGAGGAGGCGAUUCGGGAAUGCGUGCGGGAACAUACAGUCUUCGAGGCCGAGGGCAAUGACACGCCGAAUGCCAACGCGCGUAAUUCCAUUGCCAGCCUGCCGUAUAGUCCGAACUCUGUUCCUCAGCGUUCUAUCAGUCGGGGGAGCUUUAGCACUUCUGCUGCUUCCCAUCCGAUGUCCCCGACUAGCCAGCGAGGCUCUGCUUUUAUCAAUGGUCUGCGCUGGGGUAACCCUGAUGCGCUACUUUACGAUAGUCGAGAGUAUCGUACCAAGACUGCUGUCACUGCUCUUUACAAGGGCACGCCGCGCAAAGGAACGGCCGUGCUUCUGCGCUCCUACGAUUCCCGCAGAGAACCCCCACCUGAAUUUGACUGCACGGUCUGGCAAGCAGGCCGUGCGACUUCUGCCACCGGUCUUGCUUUCAAGCCAAUUCAGAUUGGUCAACAUGUCUUUAUCGAUGAAGGCCCGGGCACAUAUAACCCGGCGCCGCAGAUUCUUGACGAGGCUGUGGUGAACGAGUGGCCAGGUCGGGAAGUUGGUGUCUUUAUCAGUGUUGGAACAGGAAAGCGACCCGCUGGUACCAACAACCGACAGCAUGAAUGGUGGGAGGAUUUCUUCGGCGAUGCGCUCGGUACUUUCGCCGAGGCACGUCGUCGACUAAUCACCAAGAUCGAAGGCUGCGAGGACAUUCACAAUGAAAUGCUAAGAGAUCGACUGGCCAAACGCAAUGUUCCCGAGGAUAAUUACUUCCGGUUGAACGUUGAAGUUGGUGUUGGCGAGUUUGGCAUGAAUGAAUGGAACCGGUUGGCUGAUAUCAGCACAAACACACGUCAAUAUCUGGCCAAGCCUGAAGUCAAGAAGAUGAUUCUAGAUGCUGGUGUCCGAUUUGCUAAGAUCGAUCGCAUGAACCGCCGUCUGGCAAACCAUGCUGCGGCUGGCGGUGACCGUGACGACCUGUCCUUUGAUCUUGAAACCGAAGAGCUUACGAUUUCUUCUCCCGUUCAACAAUCAUACGUGCCACCUCCCCAGCACUUCGCUGUCGAGUUGCCCGCAGAACUCCCUGCUGAUCCCAUUGAUUUUGCCCAUCACCCUACAUCAGCACCUCCCCCGAUUCCUACUAGUGUGACUGUCUCCCCGCCGGAUGACUCGUUACCUGCCCAUCCCACGCCACUUGAUAACAUGCCUACCUCCCCAAGGCAAUCCAGCGAGGGUCUCAAUUAUCGUCGAAGCUAUGAUCAGGGUCGUCCGAGCUCGCAACAACAAGGCUCUCCCCACCGCAGUGAUGAGCACUUUGCAACAUUCAACGGGCCACCACCCGUCCCUCCCAAAACACCCAUUCCAUAUCCAUCGCAAGAUGAGGGUGGUGUAGCUAUGCCCGCACCUUUGUUUUCCCACGGUUCCUCUGGCAGCAAGGUCCGACCUCCUUAUCCCGUUGAUGAGUCUCCCCCAGUGGUCAACAGACAACGCAAACCCAGCUUCCAUGUGCGGUAA